AUGGUCUGGAGUUCUGCUCAGCCAAAGAAUGUUGGAUGGAUGGUAGAACGAACAUUCGGACAACACGUUAAUAAACUCACAUUAGUAUGGACACGCGAGCAAAUGGGUCUGUCCAAAGUCGACUAUGCACGUAAAACGCGGACCACGAAAGAUCUUUCUCGUAUUUGGGAGGCGUUGGGUUCUAGUUUCAAUGGAAAGACUACAAUUCUGUUGGACGACUCCCCGUCAAAGGCGCGUCUGCAGCCGUAUAACCAUAUAUGUGUGGAGGAAUACGUCAACUCUGCUAGAGGAGCCGCGGAGAAGGAGGAUGACCUGGUGGCCAAGUUGGACGGUCUAUCUUUGGGGGUAGAUGGUGAUGAUGAGACUCUUCUUGCCGUUAUUGGAAUCCUUGACUGCAUCAAGGGUGAGGACGAUGUUGCUGAGUGGGUGAAAGGAGGGGGCCUGUCAUCAGGCAAGAUUGCUGAGGUGUUGCAGUGGUACACUGAUCCAAACAUUCUACAUGACUGGGCCAAGCUCGGAAAACAGGCUUUGGGUGCUCUACACGAGGCAAAGUCCAUUCCUUCCUAA